GCGCUGUCCCUCGGCGCUUGCCGUCGCCUCGCAGCCAAUCAGGCGGCGCGUGGCAGCGCGGGAGCCGUGCGGCGCCAUGGAGGAGGUGUGCGCGCGGUUCGUGUCGCAAAAGAUCAGCAAGGCCCGAUGGCGGCCCCUGCCCGCCGCCGCGCUGCAGCACCCCGACCUCUUCGCAACCGGCUCCUGGGACAACGAGGACAACCGCGUCUCCGUUUGGUCUGUGGGAGAUGCGGGAAGCGCGGGCCUCAAUGGAGAAUAUCAAGGAGAGCCUCAGCUGCUGUGUGACAUUCGGCACGACGGUGACGUGAUGGACAUGCAGUUUUUGGAUCAAGAGAGAAUUGUUGUUGCCUCCUCAACAGGAAGUGUGACUAUAUUCCGUCAUCAUCAGAACAACCAGACUCUAUCUGCCAGUCACCGGUGGGAGAACGCCCAUUAUCAUGUAGAUCAAUACACAGCUUGUGGUGGAGCAGCGUGUACCGGAGUCAUCUGCAACAACCCAGAAAUUGUCACUGUUGGAGAAGAUGGUAGAAUUAAUCUUUUCAGAGCUGACCAAAAGGAUGCGGUGAGGACUAUAGACAAUGCGGAUAGCAGUACACUCCAUGCUGUGACUUUCCUUCGCACAACUGAGAUCUUGACAGUAAAUUCAAUUGGACAGUUGAAAAUAUGGGACUUGAGACAGCAAAGAAAUGAGCCAGCUCAAAUAUUUUCUUUGACGGGUGACAGAGUUCCACUGCACUGUGUGGACAGACACCCCAGUCAGCAACACAUUGUGGCCACAGGGGGCCAGGAUGGGAUGCUGAGUAUCUGGGACAUCAGGCAGGGUACUAUGCCAGUGUCCCUGCUAAAUGCUCAUGAAGCAGAAAUGUGGGAAGUUCACUUCCACCCCUCCAACCCCGAUCACUUAUUUACAUGUUCUGAAGAUGGAUCUCUUUGGCACUGGGAUACUUCCACAGACGUAUCUGAAAAACCAUCUUUUCUUCAUCAAGGAGGAAGAAGUACUGCCUAUAUUUCCCACAGCACCAUUAACCAGUCUGUAGUAAGUGCCUGGCUAAGCAACGAUCCAACCAAGGACCGAAUGGAAAUCACCAACCUAAUUCCGAAUCAGACUUUGUCUGUGAAUACUUUAGAUGUUUUGGGACCAUGUCUAGUGUACGGUACUGAUGCAGAGGCUAUUUAUGUCAACAGACAACUUUUUGCAUGAACUUCUUCCAGUAUCCCUUUGAAGUGCUGAUCACCUUUAACUACAGAGAAAUGUUGUCCGUUUGAUUUGACUUCUUAACUACGCUGAGUGUUAUCAGCAUGUGGAGGAGAGGCUUUCAGUUGGCCUGCCAUUGCAGAAGGAAUACAAGUUAUCCCAGAUUCUGAAAGCUCUCACUCAUUACUGAUGCUUCAGCAUGAGUAGCCAAGUACAUUUACAUGUCAGCUUGCUCUGAUUUCUUCCCUGAUGCCUGUUUUUGCUAAGCAGACAUGGUAGUUGCUAGGGCAAAAAUACACGUUGUAAAAUUAUUUCCAUAAUACACCCAAGGUGAAGUAAAGGCAACACAAACUGCUUUUUUUUUUUUUUUUUUUUUUUUUUUAAACAUUGAGACUUUUUUUUUUUUUUUCAAGUAUUAAUUCAAGGCCAAACUAUGGGUUUCUUUGGAAUUCUUUUUAUGUCAUUUGAGACAGAUAAGAUUUUUUUUAAUCUGAGGGUUUUUUUAAUGUGUUUUGGGAACAUAACUUUUUAUCCUAGGCCUUGAGAACAAGAGAGGAAAGCUGUUAGAGCUCUGAAAUAUGAAAGGUCCUGUCAGAAUCUUAACAUUUUAAGAGCAUUAUUUCAGGUUACUUACAGCUUUGUCAUGGAUAUUAAAACCCAAAUGUUAAAAUGUCUCAUGUUAAAACUUGAUCAUUAUAAGCUGUCAGUUAUUCUCAACAGAAGACUGUUUAUGUAGUUAUAUGAUUCAAGAAGUGAGAGACUUGUUGGCUGUGUUUUUGGGUGUGAGACUGAGACUUACUCAACUUUGGACUUGUCCUGUCAACCAACCUUCCACAUCUGGUCUUUUGUAAUCUUUGGAAGGUUGAUUUUAUGAAUAAUGUCAUUCCUCCCUUUUGCUGCAGAGAACAGUUUCUCUUUUUAAUAAAUAUUCUACAGAAGGACA